AUGGGAGAUGAAAGAAAGAAGAACUUACGGUGGCUACUCGUAUUUGUUGUUGGAAAGGCAGGACCGGGAACAAACGAUGACGAACUAAACAUGGCUGAAGCUGGACAACACAAUGAUAUGUUGAUAGGAAAUAUCACAGACAACUAUAUUAAUAAUGUUGUCAAGUUCUACAUGGGUCAAGUGUGGGCAAGUAAAUUUGAUAUAAAAUACACAUUCAAAACAGACGAUGAUGUUUAUGUGCGCAUACCACGUGUGUUGGAAUAUCUUGUUAAUGCUAAGUUUCCAAGACCAUUUUACGGAGGAAUGACCUACUUGCCAAUCAGAGUUAAUCGUGUUAUUGGUGGAAAAUGGACAGUUAGUUGGAAAUAUUUUGGUGAAGUGAAUUUUCCGAUGUUUAAUGCUGGAGCGUUCUUUGUUCUGUCUACCGACCUUCUCAACAAAUUAUUUAACUAUGUCUAUAUAAGAGAACCAUUUCACACAGACGACGCAUAUGUAGGGGUGGCAAUGCGAUAUAUUGGGGUAAAAAUUAGAACAAUAUUUUCGUUUGCUGUUAGGCCUGAUAUGAGUGAGUUUAUACAUAAAGCUGAGGACUGUAAGAUAUUGCGUCUAGAUGGCUAUGGACAUAAUAUGGACCCAGAAUCAACCAGAUUUCUUCAUAAUCGCCUGACGAUAUUGGCUUGUGGGAGUAUGCAUCUCAAGUGUUGA